AGGAAGCACUGUUCUUUCAAAAUUGGGCGUGUUGUACAACGUUAACAGAGAAAUAAAUUGCCCUCUUUUACUAAUAAGCUUCUUUAAAACGUGACUUACAGCUAUAUACAGUUCAACAAAUACCUUCCUCGGCAAAGGGCAAAGAAAAGAAGACCUUCUGUACCAGGAUCCUGCAUGGUGGCCGUGUUGUGCAGAGAUGGCGUUGGAGGAAGGGGCACGGAGCUGUCUGCUGCGCUUUCGCCACAGACUGGAGCAGGACAUAAAGCCCUCCUACCUGAUGGACCAUAUGAUCAGUGAUGGUGUGCUGACUGUGAACGAGGAGGAGAGAAUCAUGAACAAGCCCACCAGGAAGGAUCAGGCUGUGGCCCUGCUGGAGCUGCUACUUAGGAAGGACAACCGUGGCUACAUCUCCUUCUACAAUGCCCUGAUCACGGAGAAAUACAAUGAUUUGGCCAAUCUGCUACAUGAUGACCUACCGCAGACGUUACCCGGUGCAUAUAAAAGCUCCUCUGAUGGCUGCACAUCUUAUGUCCAGACAGUGCUUAGUGAAGGUGGCGUACCACAGAGGCCCGUGGUGUUUGUGAGCAGGCCACAGUUUGUAAACCGCGUCAGGGAGAAACUCUACCGGCUGCAGAAAGAGCCUGGCUGGGUCACUGUCUUCGGCAUGGCUGGCUCGGGCAAAUCCGUCCUGGCGGCUGAGGCUGUCAGACACCAUGGACUCAUCGAAGAGUGCUUUCCCGGAGGGAUCCAUUGGCUGUCCAUUGGCCAGCUGGACAAACCAGACUUAAUGGUGAAGAUCCAGUCAUUGUGUUUCCGUCUUGAGCAGAGCCUGGAUUCCCCCUCCCUCCACCGGCCCCCCAACUCUCUGGAUGAGGCCAAGGAGCGCCUGCGCUACCUCACCCUGCGCAGAUAUCCAAGAUCCCUGCUGAUUCUAGAUGAUAUCUGGGACAGCACAGUACUAAAGGCGUUUGAUAUCCACUGUCGGAUACUUUUGACCACCAGAAAUAGAAGCCUCGUUGACUCUGUUAGUGGUGCCAAAUAUGAGGUGGAAGUGGAGAGUGGUCUAGAUGAAAAGAAGGGACUUGAGAUUCUUGCUCUGUACACUAACACUAAACUCCACGGACUUCCUGAGGAAGCUCGCAGCAUAGUCAAAGAAUGCAAAGGUUCCCCUCUGGUGGUGUCCCUGAUCGGGGCUCUCCUCAAAGAGAAACCCAACCGUUGGCGUUACUACCUCAACCAACUGCAGCAGAAGCAGUUCAAGCGUAUAAGGAAGUCAUCGUCUUACGACUACGACGCCCUGGACCAAGCCAUGGAUGCGAGCAUUGAAGUCCUACCUGACGAACAUCGAGAGCUCUACAAGGACCUUAGCGUGUUAGAGAAGGACAUCAAAGUCCCUGCAAAGGUGCUGUCUGUUCUGUGGGACCUCGAGCCGGAGCAGGUGGAGGACAUUCUCGAGGAGUUUGUCAACAAGUCUCUGCUUUUUGUGGACAGUAACAAUAAACCCUACCUGUACUACCUCCAUGACCUCCAGCUGGACUUCCUGGUGGAGCAGAAUCGCACCCAGCUCAAGAGCCUCCACAGUAAGGUGGUGCAUCAGUACCAGCAGCACUACAGAGAUGGUCCUCCCACCUCAGGAGAUGAGGAAUGUCUCUACUGGAUCAGAUUCCUGACCCACCACAUGGCCAAAGCCAACCUCUCUCAGGAGCUCUACUCCCUCAUGUUUUCUCUGGACUGGGUUAGCAUCAAGGCCCAGAUCAUGGGCCCAGCUCACCUCAUCAAUGACUAUGUGGAGUAUGGACCCAUUCUGGACAAAGAGAACAGUGAAGUGCGCAGUCAAUUCCAGGAGUUUCUCUCUCUGAACGGCCACCAGCUGGAACAGCGUCCUUUCCCUGACGUGGUGCAGCUUGCUCUGUCUCAGCCACAAACCUCCGAGGUCUACAGACAGGCUCUGCUGCAAGCACAGGGCCGGGCCAGCACGGGGAAACUCUACUUUGACUGGCUGAAUAAGAGCAGCGUAGAGAAUCUGUCCCGUCUGGUGAUCCACCCCCACCAGGGCUCCAUCUACUCCGCCUGCUUCUCCCAUGAUGGAGCCAAGAUCGCCUCCAGUGGAGCCAGCAAGACACUAAAGGUGUUUAAAAGCACCUCAGGUGAGAAGCUCACAGAGAUCCAGGCCCAUGAUGACGAGGUGCUCUGCUGUGCCUUCUCCCCUGACGACCGUCUACUAGCAACCUGCUCCAGUGACAGGAAAGUCAAGGUGUGGAAUGUGGAGCGAUCCAUGCUGCUGAGGGUCUUUGAGGAGGAGCAUGAAGAGCAGGUCAACCACUGUCAGUUUACCAACACGACACAACGCGUCCUGCUGGCCACCUGCUCCAACGACAAGUUCUUGAAUGUCAAGCUGUGGAACCUCAACAAGCCAUCCUCCCAGAACACCAUGUUUGGCCACUUUGAGCCAGUCAACCACUGUUGUUUCUCUCCUGAUGACACCUAUUUGUCCACUUCCUCCAACGACGGUACCGUCAAGCUAUUUCAGCUGUCGUCUGCCAAUGAGUGGAAGACAAUCAACGUGAGAGACAUGUUUGCAGAGAGUGAUGAAGAGGUGCUUGUCAAGUGCAGCACCUGGACUGCUGAUGGCAAACACAUCAUAUGUGCGGCCAGGAACGCUGCUCUGGUGUUUGAUGUGGAGACAUCGGACAUGUUGUUGGAGAUCAGAACGAAUCGUUUGAGCACGGUGCAAUACUGUCACGCCUGUUCUACCAGUAACUUGCUGGCGAUCGCAUUCUCAAACUACGCUGUGGAGCUGUGGGACUUGGAGGCCAAUAAGAAGAUGGCUGACUGCAGCGGACACCUGAGCUGGGUCCAGCGUGUCCAGUUCUCUCCUGACGGCUCACAGCUGCUCUCCUGCUCUGACGACCAGACUGUCAGGUUAUGGGAGACUAACAAGGUGCACACCUCCUCAGCUGUCUGCCUAAAAAGAGACUCAGACGUUCUCUUCUAUGAUGAAGAAAUCAUCGUGUCAGCUGCAGAUAACUGCAACAGACUGCAGGUGCGUGAUGGCAGGACAGGAUCAGUGCUGUUCCAGUCGGAGGAGAAGUCGUCCAGGAUCCGGUGUACGUGUAUGUGCAGACAGCCCUCUGCUGUGGCCCUGGGCCAGGAAGAUGGCACUGUACAGACAGCAGGACUGACAGCUAGAAAGGUACUGAGGACACUUGGCUGCAGGAUCCAGCGACUGUUGACCUCUUUCAGGGGGUUGAUUCUGGCUGUAGGGCUAUGCACAGGCAGUGUGCAGGUAUUGGAGGUGCCCUCUGGGAAGCUCCUAGCCACUCUGCUGGGACACACCAAGACGGUGCUGCACUGCCGGUUCAGCCACAAUGGCCAAACACUGAUCACAUCCUCCGAGGACGCCACCAUAAGGGUGUGGAGGUGGAAGUCUGGGGAGUGUAAAGUACUUCAGGGUCACAAGGAACAGGUCCGAUGCUUCUCUCUGCUCUCCACCUUGCCCGUCGACACAAGACUGCUGUCCUGGUCCUUCGAUGGCACUGUCAAGAUGUGGGACCUAGAAAGUGGAGAGAAGCUGCAGGACAUCCAGGCUCAUCGGGGAGCCAUCCUGUCCUGUCAUGUAUCGCCAGACGGAUGCCUCUUUGCCACCACCUCUGCUGACAAGACUGCUAAGUUGUGGCAAUGUGAGUCCUGGCAGUGUGUCCACACCCUGAGCGGCCACCAAGACUGUGUCCGAAGCUGCCGAUUCUCCUGGGACAGCCAAUGCCUUGCAACAGGAGACGACAACGGAGAGAUUCGGCUCUGGAGUGUCAAGGACGGCUCUUUGCUGAGGAUUUGUUCCCGUGACGGGAAGGACGGCAUGGAUUCACUCCACGGAGGCUGGGUGACCGACCUGCACUUCUCCCCAGACAACUCUCUUCUGGUCUCGACUGGCGGUUACGUCAAGUGGUGGGAUGUGGAGAAAGGCGAGGCCCUGCAGACCUUCUUUCCGACCGGAACAGCGUUGAAGAGGAUCCACGUCUCAGCCGACUUCUCUACCUUUGUCACCAUUGACAGCAUCGGCAUUCUCUACAUCCUGGAGAGGGUGGUGUGAGACGCUGCCACCUCUGCUCCAAAAGACCACCAAAAAGAAAAAAAAAAACCCCGAAAGGAACAAAACACCAUAUUGGAACCAAACACUAGGUGUGUCCCCGACUAAGAAUUUACAUAGUAGAAUCAGAUUUGUCAAGUCUUGCCUAUCACCGACUGAUAGUGGAAUUAGGGGGCUGACCACAGUGAUGAAAUAUUCAGUUGAUAAGGUGUGUAAAGCUCCUUUUUGUAUGAAAACAUGCAACCGAUUAGAACACAGACAUAAAAAGAGUAGCUCCUUAAGUAUUGCAGGGAUGUAGAAGAGUAACUGAAAGAGGUUUGGAGCUUGCGCGCUCGCGUGUCACUUUAGCAGUCAGCAGCUGGCCCCCGGUGAUGAGAAGCGGAGCGCACGGAGCAAAAGUCUGCUGUCCUGCAGCGCACGCUCUAUACUUCUUUCACAAUCCUCUUGUCAUGAUGUUUUUCUGCCACAAACGCAAGCGUUGCCUCUUUUUGGAUUUGGAUAUGUGGAUUUGGUAAUCAUUGGGGCGGACGGAUCAUCAACACAUUCUCACUCCCAGUCGCGUAAAAUACGGACGCUUGGUCAAGUGCCUGACGCUUGGCGUUUGUUAUUAACGCUAAAAGUCUCCUUUAGCGUCAGAUCUAAACGCGCUUGGUCGGAGCUUGUGGGUGGGCUUAUAAAAGGUGCGUUUACGUGACACGCGGGACAAGUAAGCGACAGUUGGGUUUAGGAAAAGAUCGUGGCUGGGGUAAAAAAAUGCCCGUUUCUAUGACACGCAGGACACGAGCCCCCGGUCUCCGAGUGAAAGUGUGUUGUUUGACCCUUCCACCAUCCCAACCAACCAACCAACCAACCAACCUCCCCACGCGGAAUUUCGGGCUAUAAUACUACUCGCUACUGUUGUCGCUCUUAAUACUACGUCAUGUUCACGCGCCGCGGUGCUGCUGCUCUGCCGGAGCGUUCCAUACUCUCGUUGAAGGGUGCUUAUUGCGUCGUAUCUGACGCUGAGAGCCACUGACCAAGCGUCCGUAUUUUAUGAGUUGGGAUUGAUAACGUGUGGAUCAUGCCACGGGAUCACCGCUGUGCUCCUGUAUCGGGCGGUGGCACACAUCAUCUUACUAUUUCAAAUUGCACCCACACUUUAGAUUUUCUUUUCCCACACAUUUUCAGUUAAAGGUCCAAAUCCCUGCCGCCAAGAUACUCCUCCAUCGGUCACGGCUCAUGAAAAGUGAAACUUAAAUCUUUCAUUGGGGCGGUUGGAUUUAUUCAUGCACUUUUAAAAAGAUGUAUUAAAAGCUUCUUUUUUUCACAUUUUUAUUUACAGCAUUAUAUGUUGAUAUUUAUGUCAUAAUAUGCUGUAUAUUAACUUAUUGGGAGAAAACAGGUAGUUAUAUGGGUUAGGGUUAGGCAUAACGCCUCUGUGAAGAUUGGACUGUGAGAUUGCCAGUCAAAUCAGGCUCCUUUGAUCGAAGCAUCGAUUAUUCCACUAUUCGGGGCCAUCCCACCCCUACCUUACAGGCUGUACACAGAUGUAGACAUGUUUUGUUCCAUUAAGGACACUUGCAGAAAGCUACACUGAAAGAUGCGGCAUCCUAGAACUAAACACUUCUCAGAUACUACGUUUACAUUUCCACUGCACUCUUUCUUCAGCCUUACGAUAGAGCAUUACAGUCAUUCAGUUUCACUUCUGACUCGCUAACUUGACUCUACCGGUUUACACCAGCUUUAAAUGAAAAACUGCUGAUCAACUGUUGGGAGUGUAGAUGCACCAUGACUGCUCAAAGAGUCUUAAGAUUCCUGCUCUAGUCCCUCUGUUUUACACAUAAAGGAAGUAAAUGCAAAGACAUGGAUUUUGUAAAUAAAAUAGAGCAGAAUCUCCUAUAAAAAAAAACAACAGCAUUAGAAAAGCAACAGCCAGCGUUUGUGACGAUCAGGUCUUCUCGAGCCGAUCUUUUAAAUAAUUAAUACCUAGUAAAUAGGUUAAUAUCAACAGGUUAUGAAUAUGUGAUCCUUGCAUCAAAUGUGAAUCAUAAAUGUUAAUCCAUAUUGCAUUAGGGCUAAACAUAAUUGCAUGUCAUGUGAGAAAUUUUCCAGUCUGCUGUAUGUGAUCGAUAUACAGAAGCUAUCGUGCAUGUCAUGGAAUUGACUUGUUUUAUGCUGUGAUGGUUUUGAACUUUAAUUCUUUUUUUAUGUUUGUGUUUUGAGGGCAAAUCUUCUGUGUCUGUUUAUUGACACUGCAGCCUUGGUCUAAAUGUGACUACUAUAGGUACUGGAGGGUAUGUAUGUUUUGUGUAUAUGGAUUCAAUCCACCAGCGUAGAUAAAACUUUUGGUGCACUUUGAUAAGCAUUAAAAAUUGAUAGAUAGAUUAAGCUUUAAUGAUCAGGCAUUUAAAUUUGAAUCUGAAAUCUUUUGAAAGCCUGUGAGUCCAUUUGUACACCUGAACAAUUUGUACUUUGAACUUAGAUCAAAGGUAAAUGUUUUCUACAGGAAAAUGGCAGACUGAUGUAUAAUUUAUAAUCAAAUGUCCACAUGCUAAUGUUAAAAGGCACUUUUUGUGCUUGUCAAUGGCUUAAUUUUUUAAGUUCUUUUUUAGUUCUAUACCACUUUUUUCACAAAUUUUGAUCUGCAUGUUGUCAAACUACUGAGCCUUUUCCUGUUCUGAGCACUUUGAAGCAGGAGUUACAAUCUUUCAUACAGUCUUUGCUAAUAUAGCUUUGUUCAGACGCAUAAAAAUGGAUCCUUGCUUUGAUUUGACAAUACAAAUGAGUGCUUAUUCUUAAAUAUGUGACAGAGAGAUUACAGCUUGCCUAUCAAACCUAUUCAUUGCAGUGAUCCAGACUACAGGUCCAUUAGGAGACAAUAAAUGAAUAAAUGUAAGGAUGCACUUCAACAUUUUUUAACAAUGCUGUUGCCUUUUUCAUGUUGUGCUCUUCCUGGUUGGUGCUUUAACGUCUCUCUAACAAAAUUCCUGAAAUAUUGAUUUCUGCUCAGGAUGGGUUGAUAACUUAUACUCUACAGUGUAGUGCAAUGUAAGUGUAAUUUAUAAAAGAUUAAACUACACACGCUAUGAUAAUGAU